CGCCUCACAUCAGCAGCUGAGGAAACAAAGGCGACGAUAAGCCACAAAGAAGUAGUGAGCUCACAGCCAUGGCUGCCUCCACUGCUGUCCUCCAUGGUUUAUCAAGCCCCUUCCUCGCCGGCGCUAAGUCCUCUCGUGCUUUGGUUGCGGGAUCCAAGGCGGCCACUGCGGUCGGCGCCAUAGCGCCAAGGAGGUUUGUUUUCGUCGCAGCUGCCGGCGCUGUGAAGAAGUCAUGGCUUCCAGGGGUGAGAUUCGGAGGCAGCGUUGUCGAUCCAGAGUGGCUUGAUGGAUCUCUACCCGGCGACUACGGUUUCGACCCACUCGGUCUCGGCAAGGACCCCGCCUUCCUAAAGUGGUACCGUGAGGCCGAGCUAAUCCACGGCCGCUGGGCCAUGGCUGCCGUCGUCGGCAUCUUCGUUGGCCAAGCCUGGAGCGGCAUCCCCUGGUUCGAAGCCGGCGCCGCCCCUGGCGCCGUGGCCCCCUUCUCCUUCGGUUCCCUCCUCGGCACCCAACUCCUCCUCAUGGGAUGGGUUGAAAGCAAGCGCUGGGUCGACUUCUUCAACCCCGACUCACAAUCUGUCGACUGGGCCACCCCCUGGUCUCGCUCCGCCGAGAACUUCGCCAACGCUACAGGCGAGCAGGGUUACCCCGGCGGCAAGUUCUUCGACCCACUCGGCCUCGCCGGCACGCUCAAGGAUGGAGUCUACAUCCCGGACGCGGAGAAGCUCGAGCGGCUGAAGCUAGCGGAGAUCAAACAUGCCAGAAUUGCCAUGGUUGCGAUGCUUAUUUUCUACUUUGAGGCCGGGCAGGGGAAGACGCCGCUCGGCGCGCUGGGAUUGUGAGUGCGGCAUUUCGUCGAACGGGUUGCAGGCAUGUCCCCUUUUCAGUUUCUGAAUUUGAUCGCUUUGGUUGAUGUUGCGUCGAUUAGUUUGAUUGACUGGUUAAUUAAUUAGUCUUUUGAGACUGGUGGAUUACUGAGGGGAAAGCAUGCCCAUUUUGUAUAAUAUCAUUUGUGUUGCAUAUGUGGAAUCAUUAUCACUCUUUAGUGUUUAAAGAUCGGUCGCUUGUUCUAUAUGUUAGAAACCAGUUGGAUAUUUGGAGUCAUCUGAUUUUGCUUCA